AUAAAUAUUUAAAAUUUUGGUUACAAAUUUUCAAUUUUACACAUAAAAUUAAAUAAAACUUUAAAAUAAGAUUUAAAAUAUUUUAAAUUAGAUUUAAACAACAAUAAUAUACAAAAGAAACUUAACAAAAAAAGAUUUCAAAAAAUUACAUGAAUACAUAACUAUUACACAAAUUUAAAUUUUACAACAACACUAAUAGUUAGGUAAGUUUGAUCUGGAACUUUCAAAAUUUUCAAAUAUUGUCCAAUGUUUUUUGUGUAACUGAAGAUGGUUGUUAUUGUUGUUUUUGAUGUCUUCUUCAUACAAUGUUUUCUUAUUCAUAUCGAAUAUAUUCACGAGUAUUAAUAUCAUCGAAAAUAAAUUAGUCUUCUAGCAAUAUUUUAUGUUUCUUUUUUAUUUUCUUGUUCCGAUCUAAUGUACUUACAAGUAUCAAUAUCACCCGAUUUUAACAAGUUUAGCUCGUAAUCUACAAAGUAAAAAUGAGGAGAGCUAUUUUGACUUCGAAAUGUACUAAUAGAUCAUAUAUGCAUUACAAAAAUUAUUUUAUGGAAUAAGGUAUUUUUUGAAGUUUAAUAUUAAUUAAGUUAUUUUUAUUUAAAUUUUAUAUUUUAAUAGACUAUUUUAUUAAUUAAUAUUGUUGUAAUACGUUUAUAUAUGCGCUAGUUAUUUACAAAAGUUUUAUGAAUUAAAAUUAGUUAUGACAAAUAUAAAGACCAUAUUAUAAAAUACAAAUAGUUUUGAAGUUGAGUUUGAAGUUUUGCUUUUGGAAAAACACCUUUAAACUUCAAAUAUAAAGUUUUGAAAACUUCAAAAUAGAGUUUCUUUUUGGAGAUGCUUUCACAAUGGAUAUCUGCUUAUUUCUUACUUUUUAGGAUUUGGAAACCAAGUUUAAGAUAUAUAUAUAAAUAUAAAAUGGAUGACAAUAUGGAGGCUGGUUUAUGUUAUUGUCACUUGAAUAUACUAUAUGUUCAUACACUAAACGAACUCACACUAAUAGCAUUACUCAAAAAAAAAGCAAGCUAUAGAGUAUUCAAAUAUCAAAAGCAAAGAAGAUUCCACUGUGUUUUUCCAUUGAUGUAAGCGGCUUUAGAGUUCACAUAGUUGGUCUCAUCUUUCUAUUAAAUAAGAACCACUGUAAGGAAAUCUCUCACUCUCUCACUGUAAGGCAUGGGGAACUGUUUAUUCGGAGGGUUAGGCAACAUGGAAGAGUACCCCAAAGUCAUAAAACCGGACAGUGGAGUUCUAGAGUUCUUCUCCCCCAUCGCAGCAGGCUCCAACGAGUUGAAGACUUCUGUCGGAAACUGUCAUGUGAGAUCCAACAGCGAGUCCUUGCCAAUGAUAACUCCGUAUGGAAUGUCUCUGGAUUACAACCACAGAGUGUUGAAGAGAUCGUACACAAACGUAUUUUCAAGAAAGACCCGGCAUAAGGAGAAGAAGAAGACGAGGAAGCGCAUGAGAAACAAAGGUGAUAUAUGGAAAGUGAAGCUGGUCAUAAACACGGAAGAGCUGUUGCAGAUAUUGUCCGAAGAGGGAAGAACAAACGAGCUUAUAGAGAGUGUAAGAGCCGUCGCCAAGUGUGAAAACUUUGUCGCGUCCGAGAUGAACUUGUCGGUGGUAAAGGUCUAAAUUUUUAUAUUUAUGGUAGAUCUUCAUCUACAUUAUUUAGAUGUUGUGGUUUAUGAGUUUACUUGGCAAGUUGCCAUUAACCCCCCAAAAAAAAAAAGUUGCCAUUAACCCCAAAAAUCUUCUACGUGUGUUAUUUGACUCUAGUCUAUGAUCAGUCAAUUUUAAUAUAUAAAGUUGUAUGUGUUUAAUGUGAGUUUGGUAUGUAAGAUAAUUAUAGUUUAUUAAAUUUUAAUAUAUAUAUAUAUAAAAUAUUAAUCUACCCUAUUAAAAGAAAAGUACAAUAUAAAACUAAUUUUUUUGUUCAUGUGUUUAUUACAAAAAAAAACAUAUAAUCUAUUACUUAGUGUUUAACUCGUAACCACUAUAAAAACAUUCAAGCAAAGAAUAACUAUUAUAGAAAUACUAGGAACAAAUAUGAAAAAAUUGAUAUGAAUAAAGUAGUAGAAACAAGAAUGAUUACUUUUUAUCAAAUUUAAUAAAGAACAAUUUUGUUCUAUAAUUUUCUAUGCAAAAAGAAAUGAGUAGGAAAAGAAAGAAAAAGCAUUCCUUAUUCUUAUGUAAAAUAAUAAAGUGUGUUCAGUCAUCAAUUUUACCUCUAAACAUCUAAUCUAUUAAAACAGGAGUACAAAAUUAAACUAACCCUGAGUUUUCAAUGUUAAUUACUUUUGAAUGCCACUGAAACUAUUAUUACUCUUUCCUUAAAAUUAGCUUGUCUUUUCCGAUCAUUUAAUGCAUAUUUCCUCAUUUUAAUUUAUGCAUUAAAAACGGAAACAACUUCAAACGUUACUUAAACAUAUGUGAAUUAACUUAAUUACAUGAAAACUCUCAGGCAAAUAUAAAUAUAUCUUACCACUGUAACGAAAAAAAAUUUCUUCUUCUCCUACAAUGAGAUGAAUCGAAUUACUUCAAAAGUAAAUCAAUGGAUUAUAACUUUAGUUUAAUCUGCAGUUUUCUUCUUGACGUAGAACUUGAUAUUCCUGUUUAGAUAGCGAUGGAUUAUAACUUUAGUUUUUUUUUUGAAAAAACUAAAAUCAUUAAUCCAAUUAUUCUUUCAUACAUGAAUCUAAUUAAUAAUACAUAUAAAAAGAA